AUGUUGCGCAGGAACAUUAGGUUAAGAAAGGAGUAUCUCUACAGGAAAAACUUGGAAGGUGAAGAGCGUGUUCUCUAUGAGAAGAAGCGGAAGAUAAGGGAAGCUUUACAAGAAGGAAAGCCGAUUCCUACUGAGCUCCGAAACGAAGAGUCUAAGCUUCGACAGGAAAUUGAUCUGGAAGAUCAGAAUACCGCUGUUCCACGGAGUCAUAUUGAUGAUGAAUAUGCAAAUGCAACGGAAAGAGAUCCGAAGAUUUUGCUGACAACAUCUAGGGAUCCAAGUGCGCCGCUCACACGAUUCGUGAAGGUCAUUUCUGAAAUCAUUGAAACCGCUCGUUCGCAUGAUUUUACAGAUGUUAUAUUGGUUCAUGAGCACCGUGGUGUUCCUGAUGGUCUUAUUGUGUCACAUCUUCCAUUUGGACCAACUGCCUACUUUGGAUUACUUAAUGUGGUAACAAGACAUGAAAUUGAAAUCAAGAAAACAAGGGGAAAAAUGCCUGAGCAGUUUCCUCAUCUCAUUUUUAACAACUUUACAAGUCCGUUGGGUAAAAGAAUUUCAAACAUCUUGAAACACAUCUUCCCAGUUCCAAAACCGGAUGCAAAACGUAUAGUUACUUUUGCUAAUCAAUCUGAUUAUAUUUCAUUCAGGAAUCAUGUCUAUGAUAAAGGAGAUGGAGGCCCGAAAUCGAUUGAGCUUAAAGAAAUCGGUCCUCGCUUUGAGUUGCGGCCCUACCAGGUGAAAUUAGGAACUGUGGAACAAAAUGAAGCAGAUACCGAAUGGGUUAUUACACCAUACACGAACACUGCUAAAAAACGCCAGUUUAUCGGUGAAUGA